AUGUCUAGCCGAAGGUCCAGGCACCAAUCGGGUUCUACAAGGAUCUCUGAUGACCAAAUCAUCGACCUUGUUUCCAAGUUGCGUCAACUUGUUCCUGAGAUUCGCAAUAGGCGAUCUGACAAGGUUUCAGCGUCUAAGGUCCUACAAGAAACCUGCAACUACAUCAGAAGCUUGCACAGAGAGGUGGAGGACUUAAGUGAGAGGUUGUCUCAGUUGUUGACCACAAUUGAUGCUGAUAGUGCUGAGGCUGGUAUCAUUAGAAGCCUACUUAAUCAAUAA